AUGGCUACUACAGCACUUGGAUUGCAAUUCGCCAAGAGAGCAUUGUCCAUGACAGCUCCUCAAACAAUGGCAACAACUUCACAACGCUUCAUGUCAACCGAAGUUGUUAGAAACAUUGAUCAAAUCAAGGAUAUUACAGUUACUCCCAACAACAGUGCAGAAUACGUUUUAUCCACUGUUGAUCGUGUUGUAAACUGGGCUCGUGAAGGUUCAAUCUGGCCCAUGACCUUUGGUUUGGCAUGUUGUGCUGUUGAAAUGAUGCAUUGUUCUGCUCCUCGUUACGAUCAAGAUCGUAUUGGUAUUGUUUUCCGUGCCACUCCUCGUCAAUCUGAUGUUAUGAUUGUUGCUGGUACAUUAACUAACAAGAUGGCUCCUGCUUUAAGAAAGGUUUAUGAUCAAAUGCCUGAACCUCGUUGGGUUAUCUCUAUGGGCAGCUGCGCAAAUGGUGGUGGUUACUACCAUUACUCUUAUUCAGUUGUCCGUGGUUGUGAUCGUAUUGUCCCUGUAGAUAUCUAUGUUCCUGGCUGCCCUCCUACUUCUGAAGCAUUACUUUACGGUAUCUUCCAAUUGCAAAAGAAGAUGAGAAGAACCAAGAUCACUCAACUUUGGUACAGAAAGUAA